AUGAGCGUCAGAGCCACAGCAAGCAGCGAGUUGUUUGACAACUACAUCCGACGCACCAAAGAGGAGCACGGAUAUACGCCAUUUGAGUAUUGGCAGCCCCCAAAGAAGCUACCAAUCCGUGGGGUGAGAAAGUUCAACAGCAAAGAGUUCCUCAACCGGCUGAGCGAGUCGCAGAGACGGGUCUCCCUUUCGACGCCUGGAGUCCACCGCCCCUCGCAGCCGAGGCCCAACACGCCGCAACGCCGCCAGAUGCACGAGAUGAGGGAGGCAAGGAUGAGAAGGCAGCGGCGGCAGCGUCUGCAACAGCCGGAGCAACAGCAGCAGCGGGAGCGGGAGCGGGAACAGCAGCAGCAAUACCUGCGGCGGAAGAGUUCGGCUGUGGGUGCUUCUAGCCGCGACUCCGCCGUGGUUCUUGAUUCUGUGAAAGAGAUUGCCUACGAGCCUGUAUGGCAGCAGUUGCCGUCUUCCAUACCGCCGGCCUAUCAGGACGCGGUGAGGAUAAGGCGCGGUGCAGACCUGCAGCCCAUCCCGGCGAGUGUCAUGGACGAGAAGAGGCUGUUGGCUGCUGCUGCUGAGUCGGUGCGUAGUGUCGAAGAGCACCCCGCCCUGAGAAGUGGUAGUGUCGACAGCUUCGAGGAACAUCCGGCUCUCAGAGGUGGUGGUUCUGAGGGCAUCGUAUCGGAUGGCGCCCACAACGCAGCCAGGGGCUCGUGGUUUCGUCGUGACCUCCCAAUUGGCGAAGAGGAGCCGACCAAAAAGGGCUUCAGGGCAUGGAGGAAACGCACCUGGGGGCUCAUCGGCGCGCUGGUGCUCAUUGCAAUUAUCAUUAUUAUCGUGGUUCCUGUCGCUGUUACAACGGAACAACGUAGGAACAGAUAUCCGGACUAUUUCAAGAUCAACUACACCCUCACAGAAACCUACUCAGGAGCAAACUUCUUUGACAAGUUCAGCUACUACAGCGGGGACGAUCCAACCCACGGCUUCGUAAAAUACGUGACGCGCGAGCAAGCGCAGAUGUACAACCUCACCUCGGCGUCGAGCACAUCGGCCAUCCUGCGCGUCGACGACACAUCAAGCCCCUACACCUUCCCCGACGUCUCCGAGGGCCGGAUGUCGGUGCGCGUCGAGUCAAAGCGGCAGUACGACCGCGGGCUGUUCAUCUUUGACGUCAAGCACGCGCCAUUUGGCUGCGGCACGUGGCCGGCGCUGUGGAUGGCGGGGCUGGCGGCGUGGCCGCGCGACGGCGAGAUCGACAUUAUGGAGGCGGUGCACCGCGGCAACGAUGGCAACCUGCAGUCGCUGCACACGACGGGCGACUGCUCCAUGGAUGGCGUCAGGCGCAUCAUGACGGGCGCCGCUGCCAAGGGCGACUGCUUCAGCGGCGGCGAGGACAACACCGGCUGCAACGUUCGCGGCGACGGGCCCGAUACCUUUGGGCCCGGGUUCAACAAGGCCGGUGGUGGCCUCCUCGCCGUCGAGCUGCGCGACGAGGGCAUCAGGACCUGGCAGUUUCCCAGGGGAAAUGCGCCAGCUGACGUCGAGGUCGGCACUCCCGAUCCCAGCGGCUGGGGUCCCGCCAUGGCGGAUUUCCCCAGCACCGAUUGCGACAUUGGGAAGCACUUUAGGAACCAAAGUAUCAUACUCAACAUUGCGCUGUGUGGUGACUGGGGCGAGAAGGCGUACGCGGGUUCUGGUUGCCCGAUGAACUGCACUGAUUAUGUUGCAAGGACCCCAUCUGCAUUUACUGAUGCGUUUUGGGAGUUUGGUGAAUUCAAGGUCUAUGAGCCCAUCAUGAAGUGA